CAUCCAACAGUCACAAUUCCGGUCCGGUCCACUCCAGAAAGGCUCCCUUGACAGACAGGAACCAUCUCAACAAACCACCCCACUGCGCAAUAGCCUAGGGAGAUCUUGUGGGCAAAGCCUCGCCAGAAGCCGAUCCCAAGGGAUCUAUCUGCACUGCAAACGGGCAAGGAACUGAAGAGCCAGUCACACGCAGGUUACGCAGCAGAUACCACUGCCAGCAAGAAGAUACCCAGGAGCGGGAUGCUGGGGAUGGACCUCUUAAAGAUGGAGGCCAUCGAGCCCUACAAAGAAGUCGUGGUGGACUACUUGACUGAAGCCAAGAACUUUGUGAAUGGGCAGUGCACAAAGUUUGAGCCCUGGCAGCUGAUUGCAUGGACUGUAGGGUGGACGCUGCUGGCAGUAUGGCUGUACGGCUUCAUCUUCCAGCCAGAGAGCUUGACCUCAAGAGGCAGGAAGAAGUUCUUCAAAGUACUCAGGAAGCUGCCCAUUGUUGGGACCUCGAUCCAGAAGAAGUUCAACAAAGUCAAAGAAGACGUGACCAAGAGCAUGUCCUUCUUGAAAAUAGGGAAGGGCUAUGUCAAGGUGCUCCCCCCAACUGGGCUGAGCCAUGCCAACGUCCUGGACCGACUCCGGGAGUACAGCUCUAUGGGCGAUGUCCACUGGCAAGACGGGAGAGUGUCAGGAGCUGUGUACAAUGGAGAAGAGAAACUCACCGAACUCCUCGUCCAGGUGUAUGGGGACUUCGCCUGGAGCAACCCCCUGCACCCAGACAUCUUCCCUGGGGUGCGCAAGAUGGAGGCCGAGAUUGUACGCAUGGCCUGCUCGCUCUUUAACGGGGGCCCGAACUCCUGCGGAUCAGUGACCUCUGGGGGCACUGAGAGUAUCUUGAUGGCCUGCAAAGCUUAUCGGGACCUGGCUUAUGAGAAGGGAAUCAAGCACCCGGAGAUAGUGGCCCCAGUCAGCGCCCACGCCGCAUUUGACAAGGCGGCCCAUUAUUUUGGGAUGAGGCUCGUGCACGUGCCGCUGGAUAAGAAGAUGCAGGUGAACGUCCGGGCAAUGAGAAGAGCCAUUUCCAGCAACACUGCCAUGCUGGUCUGUUCCACCCCGCAGUUUCCCCAUGGAGUGGUCGACCCCGUAAUGGAAGUGGCAAAGCUGGCGGUGAAGUACCGCAUUCCCCUCCACGUGGAUGCCUGCUUGGGGGGCUUCCUGAUCCCCUUCAUGGAGAAAGCUGGUUACCCCCUGGAGCAGCAGUUUGACUUCCAGGUGAAAGGUGUGACCAGCAUUUCUGCUGACACCCACAAGUACGGCUAUGCCCCAAAGGGCUCCUCGGUAGUGCUAUACAGUGACAAGAAGUACCGGCACUACCAGUUCUUCGUGGCCCCUGACUGGCAGGGUGGGAUCUACGCCUCUCCGACUAUGGCAGGCUCCCGGCCCGGGGGCAUCAUCGCUGCCUGCUGGGCCACCAUGAUGUACAUGGGGGAAAGUGGCUAUGUGGAGGCCACCAAGAAGAUUAUCAAAACAGCGCGUUACCUCAAAUCAGAACUGGAAAACAUCAAAGGAAUCUUCAUCUUCGGUGACCCCCAGGUGUCGGUCAUUGCCUUGGGGUCAAAGGACUUUGACAUUUUCCGGCUGUUCAAUGUGCUCACUGCCAAGGGCUGGAAUCUGAACCAGCUGCAGUUUCCAUCCAGCAUCCACAUUUGCCUCACGCAGCUGCACACCAAGCCUGGUGUGGCCACCCAGUUUCUCAAGGAUGUCCGGGAAUCUGUCACCCAAAUCAUGAAGAACCCCAAGGCGAAGACCACUGGCAUGGGUGCCAUCUACGGUAUGGCGCAGGGGGUCCCUGACAGGAAGAUGGUGGCGGAGCUGUCCCAGAUCUUCUUGGACAGCCUGUACAGCACCGAGAACACCUCCCGGGGUGGCCAGACAAACGGCACCGCCAGCCCCCGCUGACCUCGCCAGACAGGGUCAGUCAGGCCUGCCAGCCCUGGGGAGGGCUUCACAGUCAUCAGAAGGAUCCUUGGGGCGCUGGGACCUUGGGAGACCUCAGGGUCUUUGGGAUUGCCCCCACCUCACCAUUGCCUAUACCUCUAACUCCCCCACACCCACACCCCAUCUGUCAGUUCUCCCUCCCCCUGCGCGCCCACCCACAGGGAGAUCUUGGGCUCUGGCCCUUUCCCUUCCUUGAGGGGCUGGUUACCCAGUCCCACUCCAGCACCCUCCAAAGGGCAUUGUGCGUGUGUGCCUGUGUGCGUAUGUGUGUGAGUGAGUGUGUGUGUGUGUGUGUGUGUGUAUGUAUGCAGGUGGCAAGGCCUUCUGCAGCGGCUGCCAGCCCCCUCCCCUCUGAGAGCUCCUGCCCUUCCUGCCUCAUCCGUCUCCUCCUCCCCAACUCCUGCCCCAGUGAUACAUCUUGGGUCAGGAUUGAAAGCAUGUGAUGCUGGAAGCAUCUUUCCUGUGAGGAAUGUGGCAGAGCUAGGCCUCCAUCUCACCCAUCUCUCUCAGACAGGGUGGAAACUGGCCCCUCCUCUACUUCCAGGGAGAUUGCCCCAAAUGUUCCUGCUCAACACUUGCUUUCCUCCCCUUCUGGGGAGCACGUGGCCCCUUAUCCCCAGAAGGGGCCCUCAGCUUGUCCCAAGAGCAGAGAUUAAUCCUGAGGGGCCUACACAAAGCCAUUUGGAGGUGGAGGAGGGGGUCCCUCAAGGUCUGGAAUCUCUCCUGCUCUGUGACUGGACCUAGCUUGAGAGGUCAAAGAGCCUAAUGAACUUAGGGUCCCUGGAGCAAGGUCUGUGGCAGCAGAAAUUAGGGGUUGGGGUGUGUUUGAGGCAUGCACAGAGAUACCUGCUGCUCCUUCCCCCCCUCUAUCUCUCUCCCUUCCCCCACUCAGAACUGUCUGGCAGAAAGCAGCCAUUCAGGCAGAGCUUGACUGCCCGGCCCCAAGGGCUAGCGCAAAAGCACACAAUUCCGCAGGCAUUCACCUCUGCCUUGAUGGCCUCUGCAGGCAGGGGAGGAGGGACCCAUCAGUCUUCCCAGGAUGGUUCUUCCCCCCACUCGGCCAGGCCCGGCUCCCAGUGCUGCCACAGUGGCCGCUGGCACUGACCCUUCUGCUCAGAGAAGUGAAUCUGGGCAGGAGACCAAGAGGAGUCUGAGACUUUGUCCCACAGCCCGUCUCUGCAGACCUGUAGGCUGGGGUGGGGCCGGGCUUGGCCCGCAGGGAAUAUGUCAUUGUCCUUUACCACUGUGCCUUUUGCUGCCUUGGUGAGACCUGCUCCCAAUGCAGCACCCUGCUUUAGGGGUCCCCCGCCUCAGUUGUCCCGCGAGCUCCAGCCAGCCAAGGGGCGGGAGAGGGUUUGGGCCUAGGUGGUGGAGGAGUUCCCACAAGAUUUCUCUGCCUCCAGUCAGCCCUUCGACCUCCCUCCCCAAGGAGCCAGGUGGCUCCCUGUGGCAUGGACUGUGAUUCUGCAAGGAGUCUGGAAUCUGUUGAGAGCACUGCGGGGAGAUCAGUUCCCAGUCAGGAACCCCAGCCCCUUCCCACCCAGAACUAAAGUGCCCUCUGGCACACUCCGUCUACAGUCGGUACUUCCGACAAGAACUGUGAAUUCCCCGACAGUUGCCCUUGGCCCCGUUCCUGGGCCUGAGACCUGCUAGAGAUGGGGCAGGGGGGAGUAGGGGAGAGGGGAGCUCCAUCCUCCACCCCUGAGAGGGAAUUCACCAAUCUCUCCUUGUAGUCUAUGGACUUGGGGUCUUAGGGAAGCUUAUUGUCUACCCUGCUGGAGGGGAAAAUUCCCCUGCUCCCUCCUCUUAACUGAUGCUUUUAGUCUCUGAACCAAGCCCCCUCCAUCUAGGGUUGAACAUUGGAGGGUUCAGAGUGGUGGUUUCACAGGUCCUUCCCAUAUGCCAGUGGGGUGGAUUCUUGAGAAACAGUGUGGUCUGGUGGAAAGAACACAGACCUCAUUCUAAUCCCAGCUUUGCCACCAGCCUGC